CUUAAGCUGAAUCUAGCUAAUACAAGCCUACGAGACUUCUAUAUUUUAUCUAUAUUCUUGUUAUUUUCAUUCAAUUCUUUGUUCCACCAUAGUGGUCAUUGGUUAUUUAAACAAACAAUUAAAUUGAAACAAAGAAUGGAAUACUGGAAAAUCAUGAACAAUCUUUUUCUUGUCACGACCAUGGUACUAGUGGCGUUCAUGGUAACCGGUCCGGAGGCGGCGGGCGACGCGGAGACGUCGUCAAAGAGGAAGCUGAUCGUGGUGACAAACAACCACACGAGCUACCUGAGCCUCAGGUGCUUCUCGUUCGACAAUGCCUUCGACGUGCAGCACCUGAACUCAUGGGAGCAGUUCAAGUUCAUGGUGGAUGUUCGUGUGGUUUUCCCCUCAGCCACCAUGUGGAACUGUUCCACUAACAUGGGCACGUUCGUGGCCUUUCGCCACGACUACGCCUGCAGCAACCACCCGUCCAACACGUGUCAGUGGAGGUUCGACGAGCACAUGACCUAUGUUUAUGACCCCACGGUGGCCCUUUGGGUUGCCGUGGAGUACAACCCUAACUAUGAAUCACUCAAUAGGGGUGGUGUUAUAAGAGGGUAUUAUGUGAAUUAGUCAAUCCAAAGUCUUGGUUGUGUGUAUUAUUAAAUUUGUAAUUAAGCAUUUUACAAAUCAUAUUGUCAAAUGUAUAUUCAAAUGAGAUCUGUAUAUAUUGUUUUUUUUUGCUCUAGUUUUUAAUUGGGGAAAUGAAAUCUUUUUUUCUUC